GGCCGAAGCAAGCGCCGGGCGGGCAGCGGCGCCAGAGCGAGUGGAGCCUUCGGGGUCCCCGGGUGGCGGCGGCGGCGGUGCAGAGGAGGAAGGCGGCGGCUCUCCCCCUGCCGGCGCGCGACCCGGUCCGUCCCGCGAGCUUGCGCCGGUCCCGCGGCCCGGCCCGGCCCCGGGCCCCUCCACCGCCGCCGCCGCCACCGUCAUGGCCAGGCAGCUGGUGCCCAGCUCGCAGAAGGCGCUGCUGCUGGAGCUGAAGGGGCUGCAGGAGGAGCCGGUGGAGGGCUUCCGGGUGACGCUGGUGGACGAGGGCGACCUGUACAACUGGGAGGUAGCCAUCUUCGGGCCCCCCAACACCUACUACGAGGGCGGCUACUUCAAGGCUCGCCUCAAGUUCCCCAUCGAUUACCCAUAUUCCCCACCAGCCUUCCGGUUCCUCACCAAGAUGUGGCACCCCAACAUUUAUGAGACAGGGGACGUGUGCAUCUCCAUCCUCCAUCCCCCAGUUGACGACCCUCAGAGUGGGGAGCUGCCCUCAGAGCGGUGGAACCCCACACAGAAUGUCAGGACCAUCCUCCUGAGUGUGAUCUCCCUGCUGAAUGAGCCCAACACCUUCUCGCCCGCCAAUGUGGAUGCCUCGGUGAUGUAUAGAAAGUGGAAGGAGAGCAAGGGAAAGGACCGGGAGUACACGGACAUCAUCCGCAGGUCUUUGGGACCAAGGUGGACGCAGAACGUGAUGGCGUGAAGGUGCCUACCACACUGGCUGAGUACUGCGUGAAGACCAAGGCGCCGGCGCCCGACGAGGGCUCGGACCUCUUCUAUGAUGACUACUAUGAGGACGGGGACGUGGAGGAGGCCGACAGCUGCUUUGGGGAUGAAGAGGACGACUCUGGCACCGAGGAGUCCUGAUCCGCGUCCCCGAAAUAAACUUACAAAUUUUACCUCAGCA